UAAGCCCAAGCAAAACCCCCUUUUUCUUUCCGAAUAAAAUCUUCCUCCCUCCUUUAUAAAUUUUCUUAGAUCUCAGUUCUUACGCCGCAUUUCCAUUUCGCUUCAUCCUCUCUCUCUCGCUCUCCUCCGUCGAUUUGAGAUGUUUUCAGGCGGUGAUGACCGAUCGGAGAUAGCAUUCUUCGACGUCGAAACUACUGUGCCUACACGAUCGGGACAGGGAUUCUCCAUUCUCGAAUUCGGAGCCAUUUUGGUCUGCCCUAAGAAGCUUAUCGAGCUGGAGAAUUACUCGACUCUGGUACAUCCAUCCGAUCUCUCUCACAUAUCCAAUUUGUCCGUUCGAUGCAAUGGCAUCUCUAAAGAAGCUGUCUCCACUGCCCCUAAGUUUGCUGACAUAGCCGAUAAAGUUUUCGACAUUCUCCACGGGAGGAUAUGGGCGGGUCACAAUAUACUGAGGUUCGAUUGUGCUAGGAUAAGAGAAUCCUUCUCAGAGAUCAAUCGUUCGCCUCCAGUGCCUAAGGGAACGAUUGACUCUUUGGCUCUGUUGACUCAAAGGUUUGGAAGGAGAGCUGGUGAUAUGAAGAUGGCAUCUCUUGCUUCUUAUUUUGGUCUUGGGCAGCAAACUCAUAGGAGUUUGGAUGAUGUUCGAAUGAAUCUGGAAGUUCUGAAGUAUUGUGCUACAGUUCUGUUCUUGGAAUCCAGUCUUCCCGAGAUAUUUACAGAAAAGAGUUGGGUCUCUCCAAAUGCAACCACAAGAAGUCGUAGUAAUGGAAAAGCUUCUUCUCCAAGCUUCGAGACAUCUCCAUCUAAUCAGAACCUGUCGUUAUCAUCAUCAUCUGUGAAUCAACGAAUCGAAGAGAACCAUCCAAUACUAUCACUUGUGACACCAAACACCGGGGAAGAAGAAACCAUUAAUAGUAAUGCGAUAAGUCGAGCAGAUCCUUUUGACAUGAGCCAGCUAAACUAUGAGAUGGAGAGGGAAUCUCACCAUUCAUCCGAUCCCACAUGGGAGGAAUCUACGACUGUCUCAGAUUCUUCUGUGAUCUCUAAUAGGUAUUUUCUUGACUUUGUGAAGCCUGAUGAGAUUUCUAUAGAUUCCAUAAGGGCGAAUCUGGUCCCUUUCUAUAGAGGAAUUCAAAAAAUACAAAUACUGCACAAGGACGUCCCUCUUCAGAUUUGUUUCGAGAAACUGAAAGUGAGGUUUGGAGUGAGUGCGAGAUUCCUCGACUACGCCGGACGGCCGAGAUUGAAUUUCAUGGCAGACGCUGACCCCACUAUAUGCCGCGUUUUGGAUGCAUGCGAUGGUAUUGUUCAGAAGUUGUUGGGUGAGAAUUCGGAGUGGAGAAAUGUUGUGACGAGGAAGCCCGGAUUUUUCAACAAACCUACCAUUCGAUUGCAUAUACCUACUGCAGAAGAUGCGACUGGUGUUAAAUGGCUGACAGAAAUAUACGAGAAAGAAUCACCCUCGUCGUCAACUAAGAGGGUUGUGUUCAGCAGAUUCGAUAUUACGGAAAUUGAUUUGUUGUUGACUCCAGGAAGCCUUGUAGAUGCUUACUUUUCAUUGGAACCUUAUGACUAUCAGCAGAAUGCGGGCAUAAGAUUGGUGGCUAAGAAACUGAUUGUGCAUUCGUAUUGAUUGGGGUAGUGUUAUUACUUCUUAAGUUUGUGUGUUGUUGUAGGUGAAACUCCUCCUAAUGCUACUUAUUAUUAUUAUUAUUAAUUCAUUGUCCUACUCUUAUCUUGAA